AACCUCCGCGCGCAGGUUCCUGGAGGGAGCCGGCUGAGGCCGCGGGAAGGGGCGCAGGAUCCGCGCCGCGGGCCCUUCGUGGAAGGGGGCCGCGAGGCUGCCCGGCGCCGCGUACUGCCUUCCCGCAGAGGUCACAGUGAAAAGAUGGCAGCUAAACUACUGAGAUUCCUGGCUAGAUCUACACACAAAAUAAGCCAGUGUCAACACUUCUGUAAAUAUGGGCACGUGACAUCAAGCAGCAGUUUUCAAGGGUCGCCAAGCAACUCAGUAUUAGCAAAUAGAUGUAUCAAUCUGUGCAUUCCAGAGGCAAAAGCAGAAGCCAUAGAUUGGCGCAGACUCCAAGCUAAUGUUACUACUGUAGGAAAGACUGUGCAUCCUUUGAUUAUGAGUAUUUGUCCUCCAUCCAGGGAACAAUUUUGUGUUCUUAAAAAUGCAUGCUACAAGGGCAAUUCCAAACGUAUAAGACUUACUGUUAUACCAAACAGGCAUUUUUCAGUUUUAUCCACUAGUAAAAUUGUGCCAACCCAAGGUCUGGUCUCAGGGAAAAGGCCACCGAAAGCAUCUAGGACCAAGCAGCCUUCUAGAGCUAAUCUACCACUACCUUCUGAAACUGAGGAUCUGAUGCAGUGCACAGCCUUUGCAACAGCAGAUGAAUAUCAUCUCGGAAACCUGAGCCAUGACCUGACAUCAUACGGAUAUGUUGAAAUAUCAACGUUACCUAGAGAUGCAGCAAACGUUUUGGUAAUUGGAACAGAAAGCACAGAGAAAAAAUUUGACCCUGGGGUGAUUUUUUUCUUCAGGGAGGGAGCCGUUGUGUUCUGGAAUGUUGAAGAAAAAAUGAUGAAGAAUAUAAUGCAGGUGCUGGAAAAGCAUGAAAUUCAGCCAUAUGAAGUCGCAUUAGUUCAUUGGGAAAAUGAAGAGGUUAACUACAGGAAAGGAGAAGGGCAGUCAAAGCUUCAUAGAGGAGAAAUCUUGAUAAAUUCAGAACUGGAUGCUGAUGAAGCCAUUCUAGAGAAGUUUGCUUUUUCAAAUGCUCUAUGCCUUUCUGUAAAACUGGCCAUUUGGGAAGCAUCAUUGGAUAAUUUUGUAGAAUCUAUCCAGUCAAUACCUGAGAUAUUAAAAUCAAGAAGGAAAGUGAAACUCUCUCAUGCUGAUGUGAUGCAAAAAAUUGGGGAGCUGUUUGCCUUAAGGCAUCGCAUAAAUUUGAGUUCUGACCUGCUGAUUACCCCAGAUUUCUACUGGGAUAGAGAGCACCUUGAACAGCUAUAUGAUAAAACUUGUCAGUUUCUCAGUAUUAAUCGCAGAGUUAAGAAGGCAGUUAACCUUCUUGUCACAAUCUUUGUGACAAUCUUACUCUAUAUUCUGUUCCUGCUGGUGAUAAAUGAAAAGCUCCAACACUGUACAGAGUUGACAGACCUGAUGAGAAAUCAUUUAAAUGAAAAACAUGCCUUGCGUUUGGAAUGGAUGAUAGUGAUCCUCAUCACCAUAGAGGUCUUGUUUGAACUCAGUAGAGUACUUUUCUAAUAACUGCACUGAAUGCCAAAGAAGUUGAACAAAAUUGUGAAGACCUUCACAGCAACCUUCUUUUCUGGAUUUCAACUUUAUUCUUUACACUUCUGGAAGUUUCCAUCACCAUUAUAAUAAAUGUAUGGAUACCUGCUGCUUACAAAAUAACUGAAGUCACUGCAAUGCAGUAAAGUUUUAAUCUGUGAUUGUAUUCCUAGGAAAUUAUAAUUUAUAGUAAAUGAAUCCUUGUUUAAGAAAUUGGUUUUCUAAAGCUGUGUCAAGAGGGGCAAUUUCUUAUCUGCUAUGCCACAAAAAUGGGCAUAUUUUUGCCCAAUUAUGACAUUUCAUUCAGCAGAAUCAAGUGAAGAAUUUCCUAUACUGUAACCCAUUAAAGUGUGUGUGUAGGGAGGUGGGAUGGGGGGAAUCUUUAGAUAGAAAACUAACAGAUCAGGACAGACAUAGGCUGAACUUUUUUUUUUUUUAGGAUGUUACAUUUAUGGAAUAAUUUUUUCAACAGGAAGCAAUCCUGUUAGCUGUAUAAAGAGGUAACAGUUCAGGAAAAGCAUUGUCUGAACAUCUGAAUAUAUAAAAUUACCCUCAGCUAGCAACAAGCAGACAAAACUUAAGCUCAUAAGCAGGUUCAAAUUGGAACUGUGUGUAUACAUUUGUAACUGAUGCAGACUUAGGUAAUAAUGUUUUGAAGAUGAAGAGUGCCUGUUUCUUCUAACUUUAAAAAAAGGCCCACAGGUGACUAUAUUUUCCAGGAAAAAAAUUGGAGCAAAGAUUCUGAGAGUAGUUGCAUCCUUACAUUUAUCUUGAUUAGAUAUUCCACCCCCAGAAGAGACUGCUUCUCUUAACAUUAGCUAUUUGAUUAUCCUUCUCUAAGUCAACUACCUCCAAAUUUGACUCAAGAUUUAAAUUUAACUGAAUAUAACUGAUUUUCUAGUUAGUUAAUGUUUAGGUAAUUUGGAUUGUCCAUAAGCUGCUUCUUCACAGAGCAAUAGACAUAUGAUCAAAGUAAUGUCCAUAACUACCUUAGCUCUAUUUGAAAUCAUGCAUCAAUGAUUCUGGGUAAAAGUUAUAAAAGUGCAAAAAAAUCUGCACGAUGUGGUCAAGGUCUGUCAAACUGUUUUGUUGCAGCUACCUGGAUAUCUCUGGAAACCUGUAAGUAGGGUACAAAAAUGAAAUCGUUGUCAGUAGCAUCUGCUGAAUCCAGCUGCAGAGCUUACUUUUAAUUAUCAUGAAUAAAAGCUACAUUUGUCUAAUCA